CUGGGCUUGGCCCGGGCAGGACUACGCAGGUGAUCUCAUCCACCAAGCUCCGGGUAUCAUCUUCAUUUCUUUGCGUCUACGGCGGGCAGGCCUGGGCUGCGAUCUCAGCUCAGUCACCACUUCCACCACCAUCCCGGUUGGCUCAUGCUCCCGGCACCUGUUCCUUGAUUGGGCUCCCUACCUUGUCGCCAUCCCGUCCUUGCAUUCUGGCCCAUGUGCCUGCUGAUGAAUCGCUCUGUCAGUUGGCUCUGUUCCGUCCUCUUUGCGAAAAGAGGGUCUCGGCGCCGACAACCUUGAUAUCUGGACGCCCCUGCCCUUCCAAGAACUCGUCCUUUAAUCUUCAACUGAAUCAUUCGGCACGAGGGACUCCUUCCUUUCGAUUUUUACUCCACGACAUUACGAGACCACGACUACGACAAGAGGCCAACAUCACAGGCUCGCGCGUGCAGACUUGAUCUUCACCUGACACGCCGGCGCGGCACCCAAGCUGCGACUCCCGAGGUAGCCGGUCUUCUCCCUGCUGCAAUACCAUAGAAGACGAAGACAUCAGCGCUGGCUUGUUACGGAAUCAGAUCGUAGAGGCCUCGGACAGCCUGGGUACUAUGGCGUCCUCCGCAGGGCAGCCAUGGACGGGGGGUCUCACAGGUGCAGCCAAGCUUGAGGCGGUUAAGAAGUUAGUGGAAAAGCUCACAACCGACCUAGAGAAGCGGGACCUUACGACUGAGCAACGAGAUGCCGCCCUGGAGGAAGUCAAAGUUCACGGCAGAGACCCAAGGAACGCAGAUCCCAUUUUCACCAAGGAGGGUAUAACGACGCUCACACGGCAUGCAUUUGACACGUCUACCAUUACGACCUCACACAAUGCCCUGAGAUGUUUGGCCAACGCAAUGCUGAUCAAGCCUGAGGCAAGGCAGGUCUUCGUCGACCUAGGUUGUGAGGCCAAAGCAUGCACACAGCUCAAGCGGGACACCUGGGACGAUGAGUUUCUCUGCUCGAGGGUGAUCUUCCUCACCACCUAUGGCACCAACGUCGACCUGGCCAAGUUGAUUGAUGAGUAUGGGCUCGCGACUACUAUUAUUGCGAAGCUGGCGAACCAUGCAAAACUGGCCUCGAAUCCUGGAAAGGCACAAGCAGACCCGAUGCAAGAUAUGGCACUGGGGGACACGCUGAAGUUGAUGUUCAACGUUUCGCAUUUUUGCAAAGCAAGGGUCGAGUCCUUCACGCCGGCUGUGCCUCACAUCCUGACCCUACUUACGAAACGAGACAUUGGACCCUCACGACCACUGGAUGGCCCCUUCAGCGCUCUUGUGAAUGCUCUGGUUAAUCUAAAACUGGAAAGCAGCGAAGCCCAGGCAGCUUUAUACCCACAGGGCGACCAGCGGGCAUUGGCUGUGGAGAGACUAACACAUCUGCUCGACCUCUCCAUGCGAUCAUACAAAGACGCUGAUCUCGAGCAGAUUGUCACCCCACUGGUUAGCGUUCUGCGCAGCAUACACGAGAGUGCACCAGACGACGUGCAGAUGAUAAUCCGAAACAAAUUGCUCCCAGCCAAAGACGACCGAGAAACAGUCCUUGGGCGCGGAGAGUCGCUGCCGGCAAGGUUACUGCGCAAUUCGACCAACCCGCUGGCACCACAGUUCCGAGACGUCAUCUCGCAUUUCAUGUUCGAGCUGUCCGACAAGGACGCCACCAAGUUCGUCGAAAACGUGGGCUAUGGCUUUGCGUCUGGCUUCUUGUUCCAGAACAACAUCCCUGUGCCGCAGAAUGCAGUUGGGGCAGACGGCGCGGGGCCUAGUGGGAGACCAGUGAACCCCAUCACGGGGCAGUUCCUGGAUCAGGAAAGUGGCCCCGAUCUCCCAGAGAUGACUGACGAGGAGAAGGAGAGGGAGGCCGAAAGGCUGUUCGUGCUGUUCGAGAGGCUCAAGAAGACCGGCAUUGUAGAUGUGCAGAAUCCCGUGGAGCAGGCUUUUCGCGAGGGUCGGUUUCAGGAUAUCAAGGAUGACGAGAGGGUUGAGGAAUUGGACUAAACCGUUCGGUCGCCGUAAUGACACUGUCUUGAUACGGGGCGCCAGAGGGCCUGGCUGAAACUCGUUGCGGCUGCUGAGAGACUUGUGUCAACGACAUAUGUGGCCCUGGUACAGCGACGUGGAUGAGGCCCUGUCAUAUUGUUUUCGGGUGAGGUCAUAUGGUAGUCGUAUAGAAACAGUACCAUAGACCGGCAUAAGAGCACUUCAGAUGCGUUAUUACUGUGA